CAUGGAUAUUAUUCUGCAGUUCCAUUUCUAUCAAUGCAGCCCUAUAUUAAGCUGUAAUAUAAUAUUCCAUAUAUCCAUCCUAACAAGACAUAUUCCUACACCCAGUGUAGCUCUGAUACAUGACUGCCACAUGUUUGUAUCCCCUCUAUUCUCAGUCUGUCUCGCGCACACACUGGUCUAUCAGCCGCUGUAAUCGGCUUUGCUGUUGCCGUGGUAACCGCGCUCUGCGUUCGAUUGCUUUGUCUGGUUUGUGCUCUGCGCGCGGCGCAUCGCGACUGAACCAUAAGGAAAGGAAGAUGGCGGCCUCCGGGAAUGGUCUGCUCGGCCGGGGCCUGGACAUAAGCUUAGCCGCUUUACAGCAGCAGGACCCGUACAUCCGGGGUAUCGUCGAUGUGGCAAGUCAGGUGGCUCUCUAUACUUUCAGCCACAAGGCCAACGAGUGGGUGAGUGAGUGAGAGGGCUGCAUAGAGGGCUGGCCAGGAUUACACGGUGUGUCAGUGGGAAGCCCCAUGGCAGGCUGGGCGGCCGACAGAUCCCACAGAUGUUGGAGGACUACAUCUCCCACACUGCUUUACCAGCCGUAAGGAAGAAGAAGGCAGCAUGGGAGUUGUAGUUCUGUAACAGCUGGGGAUCUACAUGCUGCCCAUUGUUACCUUAUGGUGAGGAUAAUGUGAAAGACCUUACUUUAUCAUGUGGCUAAACCUCAAUACUGCAUCAUUAUUUACCUUUAAUAGUAUCAAGACCAGCUGCCCACUUUGUUGUCCAACCACUAUUGACAGCCACACACAGUGUUUAAAUAAACUGCAAAUGCCCACAGUUUGGAGCAACUGAAACAAUCUUAAACGAUUAAGGGGCGUAUAGACUGUAAAAUCCAAACAUGGUUCGCGCAACGUCUGGAUUUUGCAAUACUAGAUCCUAAUCAGCGAGAAUCUAAUCUGCUUUUCAGACUGUACAGAUGUAUGUGACUGUGUGAAAUAAUUUAUAAAGUCAAACUGUCUGCGCUAGCAGCCAACGAGCAAAUGGUUAAAAAAUCCAAAGACAAAACACCAAACAUCGGUAGUGUAUGGGUUAAAUGGAAACUCCAUGCUGGAGAUUCUGGAACCCUGGGAGGCAGUGAUGAAUGCCCAUCUGGACCCAGGUAAGUUUUGAAACCAGAUGCAAGGGCACCAACCUCAACUACAAAUUAGCAAGAACUCUUGGCUUUCACUUCUGCUUGCAGGUAGAGUCACCCGGCAGACCCUAGGUGAGAAGUUACACUGUGUUAAAAAUGGUUUGACUUCUUAAAAUAGGGGGCACUCCUGGCAACAUAACCACUGCAGCUCACUGAUUGCUCUCAGCUGUGCUCUGGAUAGCUGAGCUUAGCUCAGAGAGCUCCUGGUUCUGUGAAAACUGUAGUAGAGGCAGAGAACGGAACCCAGUAGACCACAGGUGAGAACUCAUACUGUUAUAAAUCUGAUUGCAUCCAUUGGUUGUGCACUAGGGCAGUCCUGUUGCCAGCAGUGGCUAUGGUGCUUUGAGUUUUCCUUUGACGCUCAGACUCCUAAAUAUUGACUACAAGGAAAUAACAAAUGUCAGCAGGAAAGUAAUUAGUCCAUAUAGAAUAAAAUUAUGAUUUUUUUUUAUCUCAAAUCGCACAGUGAAUAACAGUAAAUAACUUUUUUAGUAUUUGGGUUAAUACAUGGGCUGCUAACUGUAAGCUCUCUAGGUAUUAUUCAUUUAUAACGCACAAUUAUAAAACAUCAUAUAAACUGUAUUUCUGUGCCAGGAAGGAGUUAUAUGUUGGCUUCUUAAAAUCUCUACAUUUAAUAGUUUGUAACUAAUCAUAUUUUAUUUCAGGAAAAGACAGAUGUUGAAGGAACAUUGUUUAUUUAUACCAGGUGAGUGAUGAAUAUAGCAUUUAGUUUUUUAGGUUGAUGGUAUACACUGUGUGCAGCUGUGUUUGCCAAAAUGAUUUAGGUCUCUGUACUGGUUUUUGUUCCGUAAUGAGCACAAUAACCGUCUCUGCAAAGAUUUAAAAAAAACAAAAAACAUUUUUUUAGUGUUUUUUCCCCCCUAUAUUCUCUGUUGCUGUGCUUUUUAUUGCAAGAAUGCUGUGUGCAUGCAUACACACCUGCCAUGUAUACAGCACUGCAAGAGUUAACAAAUUUGCCUACUCCUCACACCAUGCAAAUUCAAAAAAAAUUAUAAACAAAUUUAAAUAUUUAGCACAACUGAACAAUGACAGUUCCUCUUUAGUAAAUAUGAUUUAUUAUAAAAUUGUUGUACACUUUGAAGUCUGCAUGUUGCGUUCAGUCUUUAACCCCUUAAGGAACAAACUUCUGGAAUAAAAGGGAAUCAUGACAUGUCAUCUGUUAAAGAGACCCUGUAGACACUAUAACCAUUUCAGUUCAUUGAAUUCAGUAUAGUGCCUGGAGUUGUCUGGCACUGUCUCAUCUUAACUGUCUUACUCUAAAUAAGGGUCCCUGGACAAUCACAGCCCAGCCCCCAGAAUCUUAUGUAAUACUCAUAUUGACUGUUGGAUAUUCACUGAAAUUCCAACACACUCACGAUAUAUACUGAGGUAAUGUAGGGACUACUUUGUCUCAGUACUACUCCUACGCCUAACCCUUCUAGACACUGGGCAGAGCUACCGCUGUCUAGAAGUGUGAAUCCCUUUAGCCAUAAUUUGUGACCGCUGCAGGGAAUUGGCUUUAUGGAGGAUCCUGUGUCCUCCAUAGAACUCGACGUCGCAGUGACGUCUCCUGGCUCGGGAGAAGAUGGCGGCACCCGCGAGGGACAGGUUAGGUAAAUAAAACUUGCCAUUUCCUACCCUUCCCAGCCAACGUACCUUUAGUGGCGAUGUCGCCAUCUGGGAUCCCCGCAAAUUAUGCAAAGUCCCCAAACGGUGAUAGUGCUGCUUUACGUUUCAUUAAAAAUGUAUGUAAUAAACUUUUAGAUAAACAAGUGAAAAUGUUAUGACAGUUGUUCUUUUAAAGUGAGUCUGUUGUCUACUCCCCAUAUAGAUAACCAGUAAAAGUAACUUUUUAAUUUUUUGCACUGAUGACACAUGCUUCAUAUUUUCCAGAACCCUGGUGUUUUUCGGUUAAACUGUUGACCUUACACUCAUAUUUUAGGCUCCAUAUCUCAUCAUAAUCCACUAUACAAGUUUCUUAUUGUGCACUUGAUACAUUAAUGAAAAUGCGAAUUUGAACCAUUGGAAAAGUAUCUUCCUGCAGAAGAAUACUGUGUUAUUCAGGCAGCCCUUAUCCUAACUGAAAAUGACCAUAUUAUAUAAACCUAUUAAAUUUCAGGUUUAUAGGCUCUGAAUCUUGCACAACACUCUCAUUGUCAAGCUAAUGUAAAUGUUAGUAGCCAAAGUUUUGCAUUGGGUUAUUAGUAAUUAAUUCCUGUUUAUUGAUAUGUUAUUUUAUAUGUGCUUAGGUCUGCAUCACCCAAACAUGGCUUUACAAUUAUGAAUCGACUUAGUAUGGAAAAUCGGACUGAGCCCAUCACUAAAGAUCUUGACUUCCAGCUUCAAGACCCCUUCCUGUUAUACAGGAAUGCUAGAUGUGAGUAGUUGUAUGCGAUUUCUCGGACUGUAAACAUUUCUCUGACUAUACAUGAUUUUUGAUGGCUGUUUCUUGAAGAUAUGUUGCAGAAUUUCUAAGUGAAAACAAUAUAUAUUUUUUUUUGUUGAUAAUAUAAAAUAACAUGGGUGUACUUUAAAGAGAGCAAUAUUAUCCUUUUCAUUGAACAUCAGGGUAAUAUGUGAAACCAAUUUGAUACAAUGAAUACAUUGUUGAAGUAUUUGAGGUCCCUGAUCAGCAGAGCUCAUGUCAGUUUGGCAAUGCUAAAGUGGUAAGCACAGUUUGGGGUGUCCAAACAAAGAAGGUAAAACCUCAUAUUGAUGUUGCAGUCUGAGGGGUGGGUUUUUGGUGAUAUCUUCAACCAUUUAAAAAUAGUUUUACAAAAAAUGUGGGAUAACACCAUAACCACUGUGACAAGAUAUAGUGGCUACUGUGUUUAACACCCUUUUAAGAUAAUACCUUUUUUACCAGGCAGUAACUGUAUGCUUCAACAUCAAACUGGUACCGCAAAUAUUCAUAAUGAUUUUUUUCCUUGAUGCUCAUCUAGCCUUACUAGCACUUUUUUUUUUUUAGGCUUAAAACGCCCUCUUGGGCGAAGAUUCUGGCGCCUAUUUCCCUCAGUCCAAUAAAAAGCUUCUCCUAUAGAAGCCUGUAAUUGCACUGUUUCGCCAGUUUAGAGUGCAUGUGCGCACUCUGAGCUGAGGGAGGAGGUGUUACUAAUUUUAUAACUAAAUAAAAACAAAACGCAAUAUAAGUAAUGAAGGGAGGCAGGAGGGAAGCGCAAGCAUCCCCUUACAGGCAUGAUGCCUGCAAGGGAGGAGAUUGUUACUUAUGUUGCCAGUGUGCAGUGCUCGCUGACGACAGAUGUAAAUUUGCACAGAAUUAUGCAAAAUUGUCCUUGUUCUUCUUGACCACCUAGGUCACAUGGACUGGCAGCACUUCUGAGUCUUGAAACCAAUUUAUACAAUUGCAUAAACCUGCAUUUUAUUUCACUAUUGAAUUAUGCUACAUCUUGUUAAACAUUUGAUAUCUGCAUACUUUGUCCAUGCUCUUAUGCUUGUUCACAUAGGCUACAUGGUCUAGUAGACAUUACAAAAUGUUCUCCUUCAGAAAUACAGAUCACUGCAAAGGUUGGCACACCUUUCCACUGCUAGGUCGUUCACCAUGGUUGUUAAAAUCAAUCUUGUAUUAAGAUAGUCUGUAACAAAUGCAAGCCGGUCAGGAAUAGCAGUUUGAGUAGUGUUGUAUUGGGCGGGAGCGACUCUGUGUGGAACAAUCCUUAGAGACAAACACCCCCUGACAGAAACAGAACCUCCCAAUAUCAAGGAAACACCAGCUGCCUUGUGGAUGAACAGCUAUAAUUACUGAGAGCCGGCUUUAAACAUAGGGAACACACCACACCACCUGCCCCACGUUCCCCAAAGAAAUCAACUUGAAAAGCAAAAAUGCCUGUAGAUAGAUGGAUGCCUAAAUAUUUAUUCAGUGUAAGAAAGAAAACAAAAUCACUGAUUCUCCGGUUACUGAGUAGAUUUACUGAGCAUUAUUUUGUUGACUGCAUAUAGCAAGUUUGGGAAUGAAGUUUCUUUUUUAAAUAACAUGCUAUUUUAUUUUUGACUUUAUUACUGAUAUUUUCAUGUGAGUGUUCAUAAAGAACAUUAUCCGCAGAAGAUAAGUACAAUAGGUAAUAAAAGUUUCCCUGUCAAAUUCAGUAAAUAUGGUAUGGUGUCACUUUCUCUUUGUUAGACAUUAAAGGGCACCUGUCAUGCCUCAAACAAGUUGAGCUUUUUUUUUUUUAAAGAGCAUGGAAUUUCAUAUAUAUGUAUAUGUAUAUAUUGUUAGCUGUUUUACUAGCAAAUGAAUCGAGUGGACAAAAAAAUCUAUAUAAAAAUCGUUUCUCUAACCUGUCAAUCAAUACUUUGCCAUAAACUCUAUGUGAGGCAUUAAUUGAUCAAGGAUAGCAGAAGAAUCACAGGUAACCUUUCGGUGCUCCAUUCAUAGCAACCACAGCACAUGCACUGUGAUUGCUAUGGUAACUCUCUAGACAAUGAAGCCAGCACGUCGGUGUCGUGGAGGAAAUUUGCCCUGCUUUGGGAAGUAUUCCUGAACAGGGCAAAAUAGUGAUGAGAGCAGGAAGAGCGAAGUUGGUUGUUACAGGAGAGUAACACCUAUCUUUCUAACGCUAUCGCAGCAGGAGAAUGCUUAUUGAGGUAAAUGGUGGCAGGUUCCUUUUUAAAUGUUUGAGAUUUUAUCUCUCACAACAAAUAUUGCUUUACUUGUGUAAACGUCAAGUAUGACAUGCCAUAAGUGAUCUGGCUUCUAAUGUAGGUGUUGGGAGAGUGCCUGGAUGUACAUAAUCGAGGCAGAAGAAAAUGUCCCAAAUGUUUCCAAGUUAAAUCGUUUUGUUUAUGCAGUCCUAGUCCAACCUUCCUGCAUGUGCCUUGCAGUAAAGACACAUCUAAUUUUUCAACUUCCUUUAUUGCAUAGUCUGUUUAAUUUAGAAUUUAUUUCCUGCUCUGUUAAUAACCUUCUAGACCCUGAGUGUGUUUAACAUUAAAUGUACAGAGCUUAAGAUAAAAACUUCUAAAGCAAGUUAACAUCUAUUUGAAAACAAAACCCUUUUUUUCAUGCAGGCAGUGUCUGUCACCACUGGAGGAGGUGUGUCUAGGGAUGAAUAAAAGGAAAGAAAGGUGAUUUAACUCCUGAUAUAGAUAUUUAUAACGGAUAAAUCAUCCCAGAGGCUCCUAAUUAGAUAUACGAGCACUCAGGAGAACCGAUAAUAAAACCACAGACUCAAUUCGUUUGUAGUUCAAAAUCAUCUCAAUCUUUAAUUGGGAGAGCAUUGCAUAUAUAAAAUGGCAUUCGUCUACUGCGCAUGUGUACGUGUAAGCAAGGGACAAUUACUUUCUACUCUUACUUUAACGUCUUAUCUGAACUAUGCAAGGUUAACAAAAAAGUAACAUUUCAUGAGAAAGAGAAGAAGCAGCUGCUGACCCAAACAAUUUAGCUUUUAACCCCUGCAGACGUGGAAGGGCCUAACUAAGGCAAAGGCUUUAACCAUUUAUUUACCUUUAUCUAUGACACUCCUAAAUGGCAGAAAAUUGAGCAGUGAGGUUAUAUACUGUGGCAAACCCUGCCACUAGAACUGAUCAUUCUGUGCGAAUGAAGGACUUUUCACCAAGGGAAUAACUAACCGAAUGGACUUUCUUGUUAUAUUGCUGUUUUUAGGCGAAUGGCCGAAACUACCGAACGGGAGACCACCCCGGGGUGGUCGUGUGUUGCUAAUUAACGGACUGAUACAAUGUUGCGAGGAAAUCAAGUGCCUGUAUGUGUGGCCGCCAUUUCGCAUACCGAACAUGUCGGCGGCCAUCUUACGCACGAACAGCGGUACUUGGUUGUCGAACGCCUGGAACUCAAACCGGGCAUUCGACUAACCAAGUACCGCUGAGACCUCCAGCAUGCUCCGACAGCACGAAUCAAACACAUGAACGCCCCGGCGUUCGGUAGAUUCCCCUAAACGAGGGGAUUCGUCCAAAGGCUUGCAUUCGCAUGGAUGGCUAUGUUAUUCGGUAUUUUUAAUUCACUGAAAUAGACCGACCGCAGGGCCAGAAUUCAUGGAACAGUUUUCGGCUCUGAGUCCCUGCGGUCGGUCAAAACUGUAACUGUCUGUAACUCCCGAACCCCUGGUCCGAUCUGGGUGGAUUUCGAGUAUGUUGCUCACCCAGAUCAGACCUACCAGGGGACCCCUUAUUUGUCCCUGUACCCCUGUAUUUAGGGGACAUCCAGAAAGUGGGGAAAACUUUGUCUUUACUAAUCUGCUUAAGGGCUAAUCUAAGGGGAGGAGAGUGAGGGGAGGUGACCGGGUUGCAAUUGGUUACUGUAAUUAUGAAAGUUACCUCCCUUGCAUGGGAGAAAUGCAUAAAAGCAGAACUGUGAUUAAAGCUGACAGUUGACUCCCAGACUAUGUGUCGUCUAGUCCUUGGGGAGGUGGACUAUGCUGUGUUCCUGUGAUUUUGUAUGCUGAAUCUUUGCUCCAGCGGAGAGCCCUUGGAUUAACCCCUGCUACUCCGCUACAUAUACAAAAACUGCUUCAUUAACCAAAAGUAGUUUUGAUGCCUAUAGUAUUCCUUUUAAGUUGACAAUCUGAACUGUACAUGGAAAUAAAUGUCUCCAAACAUGGCUAGUUGAAUACAGUGUUCUUUUCUGUUGGUGUUGUGCAUUUACAUUAUGAUACCCUGCCUUGACAACUACAAACAUGCAUUUAUUUUUGUAAUUUAAAAAAAUAUAUAUAUUUCUGUAUUUUUAGGCUUAUUCUAAGUAAUAGAUCUCAGAACAUAUGCCGCAGUAUUGGCUAUUUAAGUCCCCGAAUAUUGCAUUUCUUACACAUCUGGCCCAAAGCCGCAAAGUUUAUAAUAUAAAUGCGUUUUUCAUCCUUUUGUUCUGGUUUUGGUCCUCUCUAUACAAACGAACUUAAAGGGACACUCCUGUAUCCUAGCUUGCGGAAGAAAAUGCUGUAUGGGUUAACAGUGAGGCUGCUGAGCCUUCUCUACUAAAACUGCUGAUUUCUAGAGAAAUCUGCUCUUUUGUAAAUCCCUUUGACAGCCUGCAUGCUUGCUUUGAGCAUUCAAGCAAAAGUGAGUGUUUCUCAUAAAGAAGCAUUGUUUAUCGUUGUACAUGUGCUUGGUGUCCUCAAUCACCAUGCCUCUUUAUGCUUCUGAUUGAGCAUAAGUGAUCAGUAAUGUUGAUUUGACAGUAGGCAAUUGGAGCUUCAGAGCCAGAGGCUCUUUUGGCAGUGGCAUAAAUGUGAGAUUUUAAUAGAUUUGUAAGCAUUAGAAUGAAUAAUAUUUUCUUUUAUACUUGUAUAAAUAUAUAAUAAAAAUAUAUAAUUUUUUUAAUUUUUUUAUUGGAAUGUUUUUCUUUAAAAUGUACAUACAGCUCCAGCACAAUAGGCAAUGCAAAGUUCAGACCUGUGUUCACAGCCAUAACGCCGUAUAUGGGUAUCCGGACCGACUUGGCUUGGAAAUGUUUAGGAUUUUAAGGCAUGCUUUCCACUGCUAAAAAUUGUUUUCAAAAGGCACAGAUGCUGCGUAUUAACUUCUGCAAUACUUGGCUUGUCUGACUACGAGCCCCCAGCUCCAACUAAACCGAAUACCUGCACAAACAAUUGGUACAUUCCAUUAUUUGCAUGUAAUUAUCCCUUUCGGGGACAGCAUUGCCUAUAGCAGGUUGUGGGUGCCGCAGUGCAGAAACGGCACAUGCUCAAAUGUAAAAAGAUGUGUACACUUCCAAACUUGCUGCUAGUUCUAUGUACUGACAAACACCCAGUGGCUCUAGAUUACAUGUUAUUGUGUAUAGAAUAUCCCUUCCACAUGUGUAAUUAGUGGUGUUUGGUAAAUUUGCUUUACUUACAGCAAUAAUUGUGGCAUGUCAAGAGCACAAUUAUUUGUCGAAAGAAGCUGGAAGACUACAAGUUUUUUGAUGAUUUGUUUUAGAAAAUAUUCUCAGGCCUGAAAAAUCCACGUCAUUCGUUAGAAAACCAGAGGUUUAUUCACUAAAAUGGGAAUUGUGCAGAAUUGACAAAUGGAGUGCAGAUUUUAGGCCAAAAUAAUUUAGGAUUAAUAUUUUAUUUUUUAAAUUUGCAAUUCACUAAGUAUAAUCAUUGAUUUCGUGAAUACAACUCCUAGGCUUUUAUGGUACAGCACAGCAAAUAACAUACACAGCCCCCAAGAUUUACCUUGUUGCCCUUCUUAAUACCGAAUAUUAGCUACCAUAUAUACCCCAAUGUCAUUAUUGUGUUUGUUAUAGAGAUUUACAUAAUUUAUAUUUCAACUAAUACCCCCUUAACAUUGAAACAAUUGUUUUCUAUCUUUUAAUUGUAACAGAGAUACAAUUUAAAUACUAGGUUAAGGGUUACAAACAUGUAAGCUCCAAAAAUGCAUUUGAUCGUACUUCAUGCAAGGAAUUAUCCAGAUUUUGUUUAUUAUGCCAGGUACAGAAAAUGUGAAACACUCUUGGAACAUAGCCCAUCCAUCAGUGAGCGUCUGAAGGUACCUGCUCAGUUGUAACUACUGUUACCACUGGUUUCUAAUAGAUGGUAAUAGCAGUCCAUGCAAGAUAAUGCCCAACUUCUGUUCCGAAAGCUUUUAUUAUAAUUAUUUUUUUUUUUUUACUGUUUAAUUAAAUCCUUGAACAUGCACUUGCUUUUCCUUAUAGGUUUUCACUGUGGGAGUAUAGGAAUGGCUAAGGGAUCCAAGGAGAUCAGUGGUAUAGUUAUAAAUGCUGAAAAUAAUACACAUGUAACAAAAAGGAUGGCAAAUCUUUUAUACAGAGUUCUUUUCAAUGGCUUGGCAAAACUCUGGAGCUCUGUGGAUAACUUUAGUGUCUACAGCAUGCUGCCCAUAUGUGGUUUUAAUUGUUUAUUAUAUUUUUUAGAACGUGAGGAAAUUAAGGUUAACUGGUAGUUGUCAGCACCAACAUACAAAAUUAAAGGGACACUCCAGGCACCCAGACCACUUCUGCCCAUUGGAGUGUUCUGGGUGCCAACUCCCACUACCCUUAAUCCUGCAAGUGUAAUUAGUGCCGUUUUUUAUAAACUGCAAUAAUAACCUUGCAGGGUUAACGCCUCUAGUGUCCCUAGUGAGCACCUCCAGCGUCCCUCAAUUCCCCAUAGGAAAGCAUUUUCAAUGCUUUCCUAUAGAGAGCUCUAAUGCGCGUGCGCGGCAUUGCCGCGCAUGCCCAUUAGGUCUCCUCAGCGGGCGGGAUCAGUCUCGCCCACCGGCUGACAUAAGGAAGAGGAGGAGGAGCGGCGGCGAACAGAAACCACCGCUGAGGGACAUCGGGGGUCUCGGGUAAGUUACUAAAGGGGUUUUCACCCCUUCAGCAACUGGGGGAGGUGGGAGGGAUAGGGGACCUGCAGUGCCAGGAAAACAGAUUGUUUUCCUGGCACUGGAGAGUCCCAUUAAGCCUGUUGCUCAAACUCCCACUAACUCCUUGCAGCAAUGACUAUAGUACACAUCACAAAAAAAAUAUCAAGUUGUCUGGAACAAAACUGAAAACCAAUCUUAGCUGCCGAUGCUGAUGAUACAGAUGGUUCCACAAGACUUUAAAGUAAUAGUAGAAAUUAAGUAAACCCCAGCACUCGGCAAAUCGUGGUAUAAUGGUGGUUUAAUUCUGUCAUCACAAAAAUGUUUCGACACACAAUGUAUCUGUGGCUUGGGAAAGACACCUAGUGUGUUGAAACGUUGCCCUUUUGUGAUAACGGAAUAAAAAUAUCUUUAUAACCUGAUUUGCCAAGUGCUGGAGAUUGCUUCUUUUAUACUAUAGUACAAUUAACAAAAAUAUACUGUAUUUGAUUGUGUUACAUAGACAUGUAACCGUGCUGCUGCCCACCCAUGUGUUCCCUAUUAAAGGUUAAGAAGUAUGUAGGGGUUUAGAAAAAUAACACUCCCUGUUUCAGAGAUUUUGUCUUCUAGCGGAAGUGAAUUGUUGGUGUAGGACUCACCUAAGAGGUUUUGCCUUGACGUGGCAGUUGAGCUUAAACUUUAAUUGCCAUUGGAGUGAUACUUAAAAAAGCCUCCAGUUAUUUAUAUAUGCACAGGGAUUUGGGAUAGUGUGUAAGUAAAUCUUUGUAUUUUUUUCUUUUUUCUCCCCGGUUGGUUUUUAUUGUUAAUUGUGAGCAACCAACAUUACUAUAGAGGAAAUACAUAUCCUUCUAUCAGCUUAGUCCUAUUUACAUCUCUACAGUAGUCCUAGAAAGAGAGCAGUUCCAGAAGUGGAACAAUCAGCACAGGCAUUCUAUUGGUGACUUCUGCGUUUAGAUAUUUCCCCAGAGUUUCUUAUUAUAUAAAAUGUUAUCUUCCGUUUCCUUUGCCACCCUCUGCUGGGUCUACCCACCUUACAAAACGCCAAUAUUAUUCAUUAAUCACUUUGUAUUCUCUCACAUUUAAAAAAAAAAAAAAAAAAUUAACUUUUCAGCUAAAUUUUACGUUUUUGACUUUUUAAUUUUGAACUUUCACUAACUAUCAUGCAAACCUUACAUUAUUUCAGUAGAUCUUCAGAAUUCAACUAACUCAGAGGAGUACAGAAGGGGGUACCCAUGCACAUAGUCAGUUUGCUUUUAAUCACCCUUAUUUAAUUCUCUAUGGGCACUUUUGCAACUUUUCCAGCUUGUAGAUUUUAUAUAUUUGAUGAGAAAGUAAUGAGUGCCUAAUGGUAAGUAAACAGCAGUUUUCUUUUAGUUCAUACCCCAAUGUAAAGGACUGUACAUGUAUAUGUACUCUUUUUAUUGUUUCUGUGACGUGUUCAGAUUUGAACACUUCACAUCAAUUUAUGUCUGAAUAGUAAAUUUAUCCCUUCUCAUUAUUAAUGUCUCUACCUACGCAACCAGAUAUACAACUACCUUGUUACAUAUUUACCGCUACAUUGUUUGAUUGCUUUUGCUUGCAUUAAAGAUACAGUGACAUAAAAUCCUAUUACAAAAUAUGAAGCACUUACCACCUGGUGGGAUAUGCACAUAGCCAAGUUCUGUCUCCAGUAUCAUGUUGCCCUUGUAGUUCAAGCUGGGUCUAUGAGACAUGUUCUUGGGCAUUGGUCGGUAGGCUCCAGUCGCAUUCCGAAUAAUGUUGUGGAACAUCUUUCUGGUUGAAGUUGAACGUAGCAGAGCUUAGCAAGGGAAGAAAGCGAAACUCAGUUGUUUUGCCUUAUGAAGCGAAAUGGAGGUACACAAAUGAGCAAACAUCUAGAUCAACCCCAUGUUAAGCUUUGAGUUUUCUAAAGAGCGGUUUCUAACUUUUCCUUUUACCUCAUCCAACCCCCCCUUCCUAGUUGCUAAUAUUCUGAGUGUUUGGAGCUGCUUCCUCCUGUCCAGUGUAGUUUUACAGAUUGUGACCUGUAGGGAGAUUGACAUAGCCUGCCUGUCAUCUGCCCACUUCACUUAAUCAGGAGGCAGUCUGCUUUGUGUAACUUGCCACCAUUUGCCCUGACACAACCUCUCACGCUGAAGAGGGAGAAAGAGAUACAUCUUUCCAACAACGCAAGAACCACCGACCAAACAGAAAUGGAAUUCAGUUUAAAAUAUGCAAAUAUGGGCACCCUUCAAGCUAUUUGGUAAAGGGUCAAUAGAAUAGACUUGGAUACAAUGCCUAGGAUAUUUUCUUCACACUCAUUAAACUUUGAACCUAGUAGGGUGCCUUGUGCUUUAGAAUUUCUUGGUGACAGAAGUGUGGGGUGAUUUUUGAAGUUUGUUUGCUGUUGUAUUUAUUUAUUGGGUUUACUGAUUAUCAUCUUGAGUGAACACCAAACAAAACAGCGUGUGGGUGUGUGUGUUAAAUUAAGCUGCUGUUCUGCAGUGCUCUAUCCAAGGCAAAUACUAAGCAAAGGGUAUCGGCUGCAUUUCCCAGUGACCCAACGUAAGUGUAAGACUUGGCUUGGUUGCUCUGCUAUAGAGAUCCAGUGGUGUUUAACUCUCUUGAUAAGUACAUUAGCCAACACUCUGGAUUUGGAACUGCUAAAAAAAACUGUGCCUUCAAAGGCAUAUUUUGAUCGCUAAACCGUAGCUCACCUCCCUCUUCUCUGUUUUUAUUUAAAGGAACUUUGUAGUGUAAGGAAUACAAAUGUGUUCCUGACACUAUAGGUCUAAAUAGCUGUUUAGACCCCUCCCCUUCCCCGCUUAUGUCCUGUUAAAAAGGUGAUUUUAUUAACUUUUUUCCAGAGCCGCAUGUGUCUGGUUGUGGUUAACCCCAACCACGCCCCGUCUGCUGAGAUCAUCAGUCUUGCUAAUCACAGCCAAUAAAAUGCUUUACCGUAGGAAUGCUUUGGGAGGCUAUUUCGGAUGUGUGGCAAUAUGACCCUCUUUGCUUAUCCACAUCUUCUCAUAGAGUUGCACUAAUUUAAUGCAUUUAUAUGUGGAAAGUUCAUCGCUUCCAUGCAGCAAUAACCCUGGAAGCACCUUUAGUGACUGUCUGAGUACCACUUGAGGUGUCUCUAUGUAUUAAUGUAGGCACUGCCUUUUCUCUGAAAAGGCUGUGUUUACAUUAAAGUGCCUGCAGGGAUAUACUAGACUCACCAGAACAACUACAUUAUAUAAUGUUUCAGUGUAUUCAAUGUGACGGGGAACUCACCAUUAAGUGCAUCAGUGUCUGGAUGGGGUAUAAUUUGUGCACUGGCUCCUUCUGUUUUGUUGCUCGUCUUGGAGUGGAGCCAUUUUGGAUUGGUGGCACUUGGAUUUCCUUUAUGCUGAUGCAUGCCUUCUCGUUUCUGUAUAUUACCCCAGCUUACUGUCAAACCAUUUUUAGAGUGAUUUCACAAAUGGGCUUUCCCUAACCUUCUAUAGUCUGCCCCCUCUGCAGUGGCACUGAUAAUGCAGUAAUGACACGUUAUAUAGGCUGAAGAGAUCAAAUGCAGAUUCCUCAAAUUUGAAGUGCAAUGGUAUGCUGAAAGCACUGGGUUAACCUGCCCAUGGCUCUCUGGGCCUGUCACUGCUAUCCAAGGCUUGUUGCAUUUCCACUUGAAAAGUCAGAAGGGUUAUCUUCUGUGCCAUCGUUGCAGAGAGUGCAGGCUGUGGGGUACAAUUAUUAUAUAUAGGGCUCUCAUGUUUCCUAUUCAUUUUUGAAAGUUACCAGAAAUAGUACAUAUAAUAACUGUUUUGUUGGUUUUCCUUUCCAAGCAAAAAAACAUUAUGAGGACACUUAGGCAAACUCAAGCCGAAACUCUUAUUUGAGGCUGGCUACUGAUACCUAAAUGACGCUGCACAACUGGCAGCAAAGGGGUUGAACUCAUAGCAAAAACACUGCACAUACAUAAGGCACCAUGGCCAUUUCAAAUCACUGAAGUGAUCAUGGUGCUUGGAGUAACUCUUUAAAGGACCACUCUAGGCACCCAGACCACUUCAGCUUAAUGAAGUGGUCUGGGUGCCAGGUCCUUCUAGGGAUAACCCAUUUUUUUUUAUAAACCUAGCAGUUUCAGAGAAACUGCUAUGUUUAUCAAUGGGUUAAGCCUUCCUCCAAAGCCUCUAGUGGCUGUCUCAUUGACAGCCGCUAGAGGCGCUUGCUUGAUUCUCACUGUGAAAAUCACAGUGAGAGCACGCAAGCGUCCAUAGGAAAGCAUUAUAAAUGCUCUUGCCGCACGUGCGCAUUCAGCCGACGGGACGGGACGGGACGGGACGGGGUGGGGUGGGGUGGCUUCAAGAGCCGGGUGGGAGCACCCUCAGGGCACUAUAGUGCCAGGAAAACGAGUAUGUUUUCCUGGCACUAUAGUGGUCCUUUAAGGGAGCCUUGACUUAUUAAAAUGUUACUGCUGCCAUAUUACUUUUUUCCUUCCUACCCAUUGUUAUGGGAGCCGGAUUGUCUGGGUGCCAUCUUACCUUUUAAAGGGUUAAACCAUUUUAAAAUGUAUCAACUCCGAUGUUGGUCCCUUGCCACUGGAGUGUUUCUUUAACCAUAAAGCCAUCCCAAACUCUGCUCUGACCUUGGUUUUUUUUUCUUCUAGCAAUGAACUGUCGCUAUACUUUGGUUGAACGGUUUGUAAAUAAAUCUCUCUCGCUGCAGCAAUGAUAUCCAUUUAAAAAUAGCAGAGAAAAUUCUCAAUGCAUUUGCGUUUUAUUUAAUAUAAGCCAAAUGCUAAUCAAUUGAGUGCGAGAAGUGAGCUAAAUUUGGCAUUUAGUGAAUCAAACAUUUACUGAACUAUUGAAGAUGCAUAUUUCCAGUGUACACAAAUGCAUACCUCCCACUUCACAGGAGGCAGACAAGCGAUUAAAUUUGCACAAAGGGGCAGAACUGCCCAUAAAGAGACUGGGUCCGCCACUAGAAUUAAUAUCUAAGCAUGAAGUGAAUGCAUUCAAAUAGGCCCGGCCCACUAAGAGUACACCAUGCAAGGAGCAUGGUUUCAGUGCUAUCCGCAUGGUCUUAAUUGCAAGGCUUAGUGCUAGCGUAUCUAAUGAUGUGCUUGAGCUAUGUAUGUUGGGGACAGUUCUCUGGUGUCCCCAAAUGUGGGACACCAGGGAUAGUGAUGUCCCAAACAGUUCGCCGAACGGUUCGCCGCGGACUCCUCAUUGAGUAAACUUUGACCCUGUACCUCACAGUCAGCAGACACAUUCCAGCCAAUCAGCAGCAGACCCACCCUCCCACCUCCUGGACAGCAUCCAUUUUACAUUCAUUGUGAAGCUGCAUUCAGGAGGUGGCAGGGUCUGGGAGGGAGGGUCUGCUGCUGAUUGGCUGGAAUGUGUCUGCUGACUGUGAGGUACAGGGUCAAAGUUUACUCAAUGAUGAGUCCGCAGCGAACCGUUCGGGACAUCACUAACCAGGGACUCUAUAGACUGUAAGCUCGUGAGGAGGGUCCUCUUCGACCUAUCGUUCUUGUAAGUUUUAUUCUAACUGUCCUAUUUAUAGUUAAAUCUCCCCUCUCAUAAUAUUGUAAAGCGCUAUGGAAUCUGUUGGCGCAAUAUAAAUGGCAAUAGUAAUAACAAAGUUGGAAUAGCGGGAAAUUACCCAAAAAUUGGACUGUCCUAAAGGGUAUCCCUGAGCCUCAUACUCCUCUUCAUCAAGUGUGCAGAUGUAAUGAUCGUGGAAGCAGCAACUAAAGAGGAAAGAGACAGUCUUCUUAGACAGGUAACAUUAAAAUGUAUAAAAUAGGGAGAAUAAAAGGACAGUAAAAAAAGCUUACAUAAUCCCUUUUAAUAGUUGUAUUUUAUAUUGAACACUGCAUUGACUUGGCUUCUUUUAGAAAGAAUAACAAAAAAUCUGAUUUGUUGCCAAAGUAUCUGUCUGGCUCCCAUAAUCUACAAACCGUUGUCAACCCCUAAUUUACUAAUUGUAUUUAGCUGACAGUCUGAUUUUAGGGUAUUCCUCCUGCCAUUCUGCAUCUGCCUCUGAUAUAUAUUACUUCAUGAUAAGUCUUUAAUGUGUGUCUCUAACCUGCUCUGACUGCUUCCAUGGUACAGUUCAUUAAACAACACUUCUCUGCCAUAUGCUGUUCCUUUCUGCAAUUAGUAGCUUUUUAAUUUGGUGCAUCCCAGUUACCAUGUAAUGAAAUUAAAUCCAGGAUGUCUAAAGCAGUGGACAGAAUGAGCAAACACUGGCAACAUCAUCGCACACUAGGCAUGCCCAUUAUUGCCACCACCUACGUUUAGAUUUCGCACUCUGUAUCCAAGUGCAAAUGGAAUCUGUGUCCCUGCUGAAUGUGCACACCACUGAUUGUCCAGAGUUACUUGUCUGAGUGUAAGAGCAAUGGAACAGCCAAAUAUUUAUAUAACUUGGCACCAGGUCGGGGAUGUUGAUCCAAUGGAAAGAACAGAUCAUAUAAUAAAAACAGGUUUUGCAAGUUGUUCUGUUGAUAAUAUUUGAUAAGUGACCAUUGUGUUUAAAGGGAAAGUUCUUCAUAAUCCCCUCCCCUUAAAGAUGUAUACAGGUAUAUGUUACUUUAUUCUUUUUCACACUUUUGAAAAAUAUAUUGUUAAUUUUCUCUUAUUAAAUGGGCCCUGGGUGCUUGGGAUGUUAUUUUUCUAUGCCUCAAACUAGUCACAAAAUAAGACAGGUAUACUGCACUCACAGAGCACUACUGCAGUGGUUGUGGUGCUUAGCGUGUCACUUUAAAUUUAGGAAUAGAUUAUCACAUGUGUAAUGUAGUAUAUAUGCAAUAUGAUUUGCUUAUGAAAAUGAAAGCCAGCACUUGGUUUAUGAUCUAGAAAGGAAUAAAAUAGUUGUUUAGAUUGCACAGUACGCAGCACCUACAUUUAGCAUCUCCACGCUCUGAUGAAUGUUCCCCGUAGAGAUGCAUUCAUUCAAUUCAUCUCUGAGGAGAUGCUGAUUGGCGCAGCAUGGUAUUUUGCCAAACAUGCGCAAUAGCCUCCCAAUGCUCAAGAUUGAUGAUCGCAGUCAUGGAGACAGGGCCAGCUGUAGCAAGACCAGCACAGCGUGGUUGGAGGGAGGGUGGAAGGUGAGUAAAAACCCCUUACACGUGUGAUUUGAUGGGGGACCAGACACACUCACCCACUGACUCACCCACUGACUCACCCACUGACCCACACUCACAUUCACUGUCACUGCAAUAACAACACACAUUAAGGUUACUACCCAGCCUCCCUACCUGGAGCUGGAGUGGUUCGGCUUUCCCUCGGGUCCAGUGGGGCUUCAGUCAUCUCCCUGCUCUGCUCCACUGAGCGCUGUUUAGUGAUGCCGGGGCCGGAAUGAUGUCAUAUUCCUGCUCCCACCAUCACUGGAGGACGCGCAGGGGGGGGGAUGUUGAUGCUCCCUCACGCGCGUGCCAGUCUGUCUCAAUCCUCCAGGAGCCUCCCGUCGGUCCGCACACCACAAGCUCUCCCAGAUGGGUGGCCAUCCGGCCGACCACAUACCCAUGCUCUUAAUGAGCCGGCCAGCCGUCUCCACUCAUAGGUGGCUGUAUGGGCCAACAAAUCCCAGGUGCAAGGACUAAAAUCCCUGGGACUUUUUUUAAAAAAGCCAAACACAAGACACUACAUAUUUUUUUUUUUGACAUUCUUUAUUUAAGUUUUUCAAUAUUCAAUCACAGCAUGUAUAUCCAAUAUAAAUUAACAUGUGGUAACAUAUAAACUGGUCAGUUAUGUGUAUUACAGCAUCAAGAUAGUUUCAUCUACUGGAUAAUAAAUUGUAUUUGAGUAUUUGGCUUCAUUAUAACAGUGAGCGUUCUUUUGUGUUGUGUUCUGUCGUUAGCCCUGUAUGGGGUUAGUCCCCUCUGUGGUCGGGUGCGAAUGGAGUUUGUGGUUGCUCCACAAGAUUCGUGCGAGUUUUCGGGUGGGUUGUUUCAACCGCUCUGUAUUGUGCUCGUGGGUCAGAGGGGGAGUUGUACAACCCUGCAUUGGUAUCUGAGCUUCCUCAUUUGUAGGUAGGACCCUAAUAGAGAGGUUGGCUCAGUGCAAGGUUUCCCCUCACUUACUUAUUGGGUCUAGUGUGACCUAUGGUACUUAAGAGGUGUGGUAGUCUCCGUCUAUGUGUGGUGCAGUUCGUCUUUGUCCCCAGCCUCGUACGUGGUGAUUUGUUCGUGUUUCUAGUGCCAGGUUGAUGGAUAUAGAGCUUUGUCCCAAUCCGUGUUAUGUCUGUCUACGUGUGUCCUUCUUUGGAGGGGUACCGUCUGGGGCUUUGUAUGGGGGUCCAGUCUGGUUCGUGUUUGAUUUGUGUGUUGGUUUAGGUCGUAAUGAGCCUGGUGUGGAUGGGCUCAGCCUUAAAUCAUGAGGGGGCCAAUUAUUCUGCCCCUGUGACCGUGUAGUUACCCCCUAGUUUCCCUGAGUCGAUCUGUUUUAGGUUUUCCCUGGGGGUAGUUGGCCUAGGUUGUCCGUGGGCGCAGCUAGUAUAUGUAGGGUUAUCCUGUGAUGUCUUGUUCUGUCGUUGUGCGGUGUGUGGGGUCUGUGUCAGAUGCCGUGUCGUCACCUCAGGCCCCUGGUUUGAGUCGCUCGUGCGGUGGGUGUGAUCAUAUCAUCCCUGGUGCCUGUAGCCUGGUCCCCGUGACUCUUCUGGAUACCUAAGUCUAGGUUGUUAUCUCUUAUCUUGGGUCUCGCUGGGUUCGGUGUGUGUGUGGGGUUAUAUAUGCCACCUGCGGCUGCCCCAGUUGUUAGUUGGCGUGGUCAGGGCCGGGUGCUACUGGCUCCGGUCGUGGCUUCUUGUGUCUGGGGUGGGGGUGAGUCCAUGUUCCUUACGUCCCGGUCUCUCUCUUCCCUCCGUCCCCUAGUGUAUUGGUCUAUAUGUCGCUCUAGUGGGUCACUCCUCCCCUCCCGUGACCCAUGGUCCUCUGUCCCUGUCUCUGCUCACUCAUAGAUUCCACUUUGUGCGGAGCCUUAAGUCAGUCUGCGUGCCCCCGGGGGUUGUGUCCCUCCGGGUCUUUUGUGUGUCAAUGUGUCAUGUGGUAGGAGGGGUGGGGGGGGGGGUCGCGUAGGAAGUGUGUCUCCGUCGUGCUGAGGGUGCAAUCUACUCGUCUGGUACUGCCUGUGUCUGUGCAGAGCUCUGUUGGGUGGGUUGUAUUGGUGCGGGGGCGCCGUCCCUCUCCACCGGGUCACGUCCUCCUGCCCGUUUUGAUGUGUAGUCCAUCCAUGGGUACCACACCAAAGCGCAUUUUUCCUGGCGUCCCUGCAGGGAGGCUGUCAUCAUCUCCAUGUUAUAUAUCAUCUCCACCCUAUCUACCCAUUGUUGCAGGGUUGGAAUCGUCGAGCUUUUCCAAUGGAGUGGGAUGAGCGACUUCGCUGCCGUGAGUAGGUGUAUGAGGAUUCCUUUCUUGUAGAUCUUCACCGGCGUGCGCGUGUGGUUGAGAAGUAGUGGCAUGGGUUGGAAUGGGACGUCUGAGCCCGUGAUGUCUUUGGUCGUCUGAUGUAUCAUCCUCCAGAACGGUUCGAUACGUGGGCAUGUCCACCAGAUGUGAAUGCUGGUUCCUAUUCCUGUGCCGCAUCUCCAGCAUUCGUUUGAAAUUGACUCAUGUACGUGCUGCAGGAUAUCUGGCGUCCGGUACCAUCCUGUUAGAAUUUUGUAGUUGCAUUCUUGGAACUUGGAGCUGAUGGUCCCCCUGUGUGUUAGUUGAAAGAUUUUAAGCCAUUCCUUUUCCGUAAGUUCCAUCCCGGUCUCUCUUUCCCAUCGCGAUGUGAAGCCUAGGGGGCUCUUAUCACCGUCGCUUAGCAGCGCGGUAUAAAGGUGUGAAACUCCAUGUGAGAGAUGUUGUCUGGCCGUGCAUAGAUGUUCCAUCAUCAGCAAUGGGCGGUGUAGGUGGCCUUUACACGCAAUGCCGUCGAGGUAUGUUUUCACUUGGUGAUAUCGGAAUGUGUCUAGGCCACUGGGCCUACGGUCCUGCAUCAGCGUUGCCAGGGGUUUGAGCGUCGUCCCGGAAUUCCAUUGGCUAGCGUAUACCCAGUCCGUUGCUCCGAGAUUUUUCAGGUCUGCCGUGCUUAGCCCUCCCGCUAACCUCGGGUUGUGUGUUAUUGGUGUGAGUGGGUUGGGCGAUGACGUGAGGUUUUUGGAGUAGCGUAUCCUACACCACACCUUCAGCGUGGCGUCGAUCAUUGGGUUCCCGGUAAGUAGUUCCUUGGGUAGUGCGUCUCCCAGCCAUAGCAUAGCGGGGAUUCGUCCCUGGGCUUGGUGUUUCUCCAGGUCUACCCAUUGCUUUGUACUGGGGUUUGCAUGCCAAUCAACCAGUCUGUGCAGAUGGGUAGCGUGGUAAUACGUGAGGAUGGACGGCAAUCCCAUACCUCCUUCUCCUCUAGGGCGUUCAAGAAUCGCUCUUCGGAUACGCGCUGGUUUUUGGUUCCAGACGAAGUUCUUGACUGCGGUCGUCAGGGUCUGAAAAAAUGCCCUCGGGAGGUACGUUGGUAGUGUCUGGAACAUGUAUAAUAAUCUGGGCAUAAUGUUCAUCUUCACGGCACUGAUGCGCCCAAACCACGAGAUGUAUAGAGGUGUCCAGCGUUUCAUGUCUUGCUGUAGGGUGGUGAGCAGGGGCGCAAAGUUCAGUCGGUAGAUAAGUGUCAAAUCUCUCGGGAGCCACACCCCAAGGUAGUGUAGCUUGGCUGUGGAGAUCUUGAAGGGGAAUUGUGCUUGGAUGUGUCGUUGGAGGAUGUUGUCCUGUGCGAGCAGCAAUAUCUCUGACUUAUCUAGAUUAAGCGUCAAGCCGGAUACCUCCUUGUAUUGUCGAAACGCCUCCAGGAGAUGUGGGAGGGAGGUUCUGGGUUGCUCCAGGAAGAAGAGCAUGUCGUCAGCGUAAGCCGCUACCCGGUGUUCUCUUCCUCCUAUGCUGCACCCCGUGAUACCCCUGUCCUGUCUGACCGCCUCCAAGAAGGGCUCCAGGGUGAGGGCAAACAGGAGUGGGGACAGGGGGCAACCCUGUCUCGUGCCGUUAUGUAUAUCAAACGAGUCAGUCAGUGCUCCGUUUAUUCUUAUGCGGGCUGUGGGCGAGGUGUAUAAAGCCGUUAUCCAGGUCCGCAGGUGUGGACCGUAUCCCAAAUGUCGUAGGGUUUCCGACAUAUAGACCCAGUCCACCCUGUCAAACGCUUUUUCAGCGUCAGUGGAUAGUAGGACCAUUUCCUUUUUGCCCGUUUUAGCGGUAUGGAUGGUGUUGAGGGCUCGAAUAGUGUUAUCUCUGGCUUCUCUUCCGGGGAUAAACCCCACUUGGUCCGGGUGCACCAGAUCCGGGAGCGUUCGGGCCAUCCUGAGUGCCAGAGCCUUAGCGAAGAGUUUGAUGUCCGCGUUUAUCAGAGAGAUGGGCCUGUAGCUGGCGCAGAUUGUUGGGUCUUUCCCCUCUUUGGGUAUUAUUGCCACGGUUGCUCCCAGGGUGUCUCUGUGGAAUUGGCCUCCAUCUCUGAUUGAGUUGAUGCCUAUCAGAAGUUUGGGCAGCAGGGUGUCUUUGAAGGAGCGUAAGUACGAGACUGGUAGACCGUCUGGGCCCGGGGCCCUGUGUGCUUUAGUUGAUUUCAAUGCGCCAGAUAGUUCCUCAAUCGUCAAGGGCAUUUCGAGUUCCGCCUCCUGGUCCGGGGUAAGCUGGCGGGUGAUGUGGUUCUGAAGGUAUGUGGUUAUCCGUUCUCGAUGGCUACCUAUGUCUCUGUCGUGGUGGAGUCGUGGUUGGUUAUAUAACGCCGCGUAGUAUUCCCGGAACGCUGACAGUAUGCCGUCUGGGAGGCAGGUUGUGUCUCCACUGCUCGUGCGUAUCUUGUGAACGUGUUGCGCUUUCCUUCUGUCUUGUAGCAUCCUAGCUAGCAACCUACCACUUUUGUUCGAGUGUUCAUAAUAAUACCUGGAGGCCUUCCUCGCGGUGUGUAAGAGUCCUUGUGAUAGUAUGGCUUUCAGCUCCCUUCGUGCUUCCGUCAGGCGGAGGUAUGUGCUGUCUGCGAGGUCCGUCUUGUGUUCCCCUUCUAGGUCAGCUAUCCGGUCUAGCAGUGUUGUGAUACGUCGUGUUCGUUCCUUCUUGCGUUUGGUGCCUAUGGCGAUGAAAUGUCCCCGUAUGACGCAUUUGUGGGCUUCCCAUAUCGUUAACGGUGGCGUCUCCGUAUCUUCGUUGGUAGUAAAGUAUUCAGUUAAGGUUUGGGCAGUCACCCUCUUACACUCUGCAUCGUCCAGUAGGGAUUCAUUCAGUUUCCAGUGUCUUUCGCGGGGUUUAUAUAGUGGGGAGCUCGUGCGGAUCGUCAGUGGUGCAUGGUCUGUGUGGUCCAUUAUGCCUAUUCGUGCGUCGUGGAGGAGGUUGAGGUAUUCCUGGGCCAGGAAUAUAUAGUCUAUGCGACUGUAGUUUUUAUGGACUGUCGAAUAAUGGGUGUAGUCUCUACCUUCAAGGUUACAUGCCCUCCAACAAUCCACCAGGCCGUGUUUAUGUAUAGCUCGUAGUGCUGCUCGUAUGCAGUGUGCUGGGAUCGCGGUUUGUCCUCUGGAGGUGUCCGUGCGGGGGUCCAGUGGUAAGUUGAGGUCACCUGCCAUGACCAAGAGGCCGUCUCUGAAUUUCUCCAGUUUGGCUAGCGUCCGGGCCAGGAAUGUAUGCUGCUUUCUAUUCGGGCCGUAGAGGCAUGCGAAGGUAUACGUGUGUUCCAUGAUUGUACCCUUAAUGAAAAGGAAUCUGCCGUUCGGGUCCGCCUGCGUUGCUAUAUGUUGGAACGGCGUCGUCUGUGCAAAGAGUAUUGCCACACCAGCCCUCUUAGCGUCCGGAUGGUUCGCGUAGAAUCCCUGCGGGUAGCGUCUGUUCUCUAGUUUGGGGGCGUCCAGUCCUCGGAGAUGAGUCUCCUGCAGGAACGCCACGGAGGCUCUCACGGCCCAUAGGCGCCUUACCAGGUGCGCGCGCUUUUCAGGUGUGUUAAGCCCCUGAACAUUAUUGGACCAGUAUGUCAGUUGGGCCGGGACAAAUCCUCGCGAGGCGUCCAUCCCGGCGGCAGGGCGGCGUCCCCGCAGCGUUGUCUGUAUGAUGUAAAGGUGGUGAGUGUGGGGGGGGUCUGUCUGUCUGUGGUGGUGAUGUGAACGGUCUGGCGUGUCUUCUAGGUGUGCGGGUGUGACUCUGACCCUGUACCGGGUGUAUUCGUUCUCGAGCCUGGUGGGUAACCUCAGCGACGAGAACGCCGGUGUAAUGUACAGUGUGGGUCUGUCUCAGUGGGGGUUCCGUAUGGUCACUUACAGUGAAGUCGGUCUCGGAUCUGAGUGAGGUUGGUUCUCUCCCUUCUCCAUCGGCACCCAACCUGUAAGGGUGUGUGCAAUCGCCAUGUUUGCCUACUCUAGCCUAGGGGUCCGCAAUAGUCGCCCGGGACUUAGAGUGUCGGUCGGGCUGUGGUGUCCUGUACCGCAGUCCCGAGGUCUGGGAGCGGAUAAGCCUACCGGUCCAGUCGGCAUUAUGGUCAGUGGUACCCGUGGGUCCCCCCGUCACGGUCGGCUCUCCUGGCGUCCCGGUCCUAGUGGCCGGGUGUUGUCAGGGGAUUCGACUGGUUUUGUCUGCCGGACAUCCCGGGGCCCUCCGUGUCUGCCCUUCCCCGCCUGGUAACUUACAGUUCGUUGGCAACAAGUCAGCGUGUCUAGGGUGUUAGGGCGCUGUUUGGGGGUAGUUAGUCCUACAUGUGUUGGGCUGCAUUGUGAGGCCACCCUGUGGGCGUGGCACGCCAGCUCCCACGUUUGCGUCCCUUCAGAGGGGCUGGUUUGGGACGUGGUCUCUCCCUGCGCCCAGAGUUUUCGUCAUGAUAGUUAUCUGCGUGCCUGGGCUUUCGUAGUGGGGUGUACCAACAUGGCGUCUUGCUUGUCUCAGUGAGGCAGAUUGUGCGUGGUUGUCCCCUCAUGUGAGUGGCUGUGAUGUGUGUUGGGUGAUAUAAACGGAACCGUGUAUAACUAAACAACAUGAACAAGAAGUGCCCAGCUUUGUCCCAGCCCCCCUCCCAGCUCUAGCCCUGUGUGCCCGCAUGUCCCGUAGCCCUCACCCUCCCGCAUCCCCCCCUCAGCUCUGUUCCGUGAGCAGCGGUGUGCUAGAGCAGCCUGUUCAGUUCAGCAGUCUUGACCCAGGGUGUGACCUGGGUGAUGGUGUCGGUGUCCAGACCCUUUGUACCCUGCCCAUCAUCCCCUCCCCACCUACGGGGUAUGUCCCCCUUUUUGCCCCGGGUGUGUGGGUUUGCUGAUGGGGCCCUAGCCCCCGGCCGCUCCCCGAAAGUGGCUUCAGUUCCCUCCCCACCUGUCUGCGGCCUUCCUCCCUGUCUACUAGCUAAUGCAAGCUGGCAGCGGACUUAAAAGUACAUACCCCUGCCGUGGUGUCAUCGGAUCUGCAUGGCGUCCAUAAUCAAUGCUGGGGUAAGCUCGGGAGGCAAUGCCCUGAUCUGGCAUGGGAUGUCUCAUGGGGGGCCACUGGUCCGUGCGGCGUGGGGGCCUCUAUUCCUCAGGGCCUAUUGGGCCUCCUCUGCGUCUUGGUGGUCCAGGCUCCAGGUGGAUGUUGUGAGCCACUUCAGAUGGGCCUGUGGCUCGCGCCGGGGGUCCCUCCAGGAUCCAGUUUGGCACUGAGAUAGCAGGUAAGUUGGCGGUUCUUAAAAACCGUGGCACGUCGUUCGGCCAGCGGAUGAUGUGCCAUACGUUUCCCAUCCGGGCCUGCAGGCUGAAUGGAAAUCCCCAUUUGUAUGGAAUUCGUCGCUCCUGAAGUGCUCGGGUGAGAGGCCGCAGGGCCCUGCGGGCAUCUAGGGUGAUGGUAGAUAAGUCCUGGUAAAGGGAUAUUUGUGCUUCCAUGUAGGUGAUGUGCUGCCCGCAUUAUAGAUUCUUUUAGCGGGAAUGACAGGAGGGCGCAAAUCAUGUCUCUUGGCUGCCCGUCUCUUCUGGGGGCGCGGAGUGCCCUGUGGGCCCUUUCGAUGCCGAAGUCGCCAGGAGCUGCAUCUCCUAGUAGUUGCGCAAAUAGGCCAUUCAGGAUCUCCUGCGGUACCUCGUCCUUGGAUUCAGGCAGGCCUCUGACUCUGAUGUUGUUACGCCGGCCGCGGUUAUCGAGAUCCUCAACCUGCCGGCGGAGGUCCAGGAGGAUGUUGCCCUGCCUCGUGGUUGCCAGUUCCGCUGCCUGUCUGUGCUGCUGGGAUUGUAUGCGCUCCUCUUCCAACCUGUCUACUCGCUGCUCCAGCGCCGUGAGGUCGGUGCGCACAGCCGCUAUUUCCUCCCUUAUUAUGGCCCUCAGCUCAGCCACCAUUUCUCCUUUAUCCUUCCGGGUCAUCAUGCUCGCGGAGAUCGCGGCGAGGUCCGCGGAUAUUUGGGACAGGGUGCCAGGGGUGCUGGAUUCCCGCGCCGAGCCCGCUAUGCUGGAGCCCGGGGAAUCGAGGGCCGGUGUUCCGGUCUCGCCCGUGUCGCGGAGGCCAUGCGGCGUGGCCAGGAACUCGUCCAUUGGGCCGGCUGGCGGUCGGGAGGGGGCCGGAGUGACCUGGGCUGCGGUAGGUAGCCGUCGAUUUUUUCCCCCCCAUGGAGGUGCGCUUUCUGCGGCGUUGCUGUGCUGGUUAAUCGGGGCAAAUCAGGUUGGGGCCUAGGAGCUCGGAAUGAGUGCGUCCUACUCCAUUGACUGUUAGGCCACGCCCCCUACAUAUUUUUUAAUAUAUAUUGUUACUUAGGCCAUGUCCUUGUAGGUAUAUAUUUUGUCAAGGCCUUUACCUUGCAUGUAAAUAAUGUUGUAACUGUUAACAGAAUUACAACUAACUCAUAAUACUUUGUACAGUGUGGCAAUGCAUGUAACGAGCUGCAGCUUUUGGGUUGCCGUCAUUGUUCUGAAGACUUUUAAGAGCAAAUUAAAGUAAAUGAAUGAGACCUUGGUAGCCGUCUAAUUGGGAGGUAGUAGAGCCUUGUUUUUAGAAAAAAUGUCAACCUUUUGAUUUCUCAGAAAUGGCAAUGUUUCAUCUAUGCACCAAAGGACUACAUUAAGAUGAAGUGGUUUUGGUGCUUAGUGUCCAGUUAACCUCAGAGUAGAAGCAAUAGGAUGUUUUCUUUAUUUUCAGUCGUGUGUCAUUAUAAGGUAAAAGGGUUGGCUACUCCAGAUGCAUUCUUUUUGUCAUGCACUUAGAAAAAAUGUGCAAAAACAGUCAGUCCAAAAUAAUAAAGUACUGUUGGUGUUCGGUGUCGCUGCCUUUUCAAUACUACCCUAUACUUCACAUGUAUUGCUAUUAGCAGUGCCCAGAACAGAAAGUGGUCAGCCAAUUGGAGUGCUCCAAUUUUUUUUCUUGAAUUAAUGGAAUUGUCUGUAGUUUGUUGCAUAUAUCCUUGCACAGCAGGGUGUUCUCUUUAGAAUGAGAGCACAGGCAGUAGCUGGAUUUGAACUAUAAGAAGGCACAUGUCUGUAUCUGUUGUCUCUGUUAAUGUGCCUGAGCUUUCACAUCCUGUGCAGUGAUUCUGUAACCACCAAGGAGGAAGUAUUUUAGAAUCGUGAAGUGGAGGAGGCAGUAUUAAGAUGUCAUAUGCAAAAAUAUAAUUCAUUAUUUGGGUCAUAAACCAUGUGUUCCAAAAAACUAUGUUGGUGCACAAAGGUUUAAGUUUAAACAAUGAUGCUUUCUCUAAAGCUAAACAUGGUCUAUUUAAUCUAUAUAUAAUAUAGACUUGUUUGCACUUCAGUUUUAUUUAUUUAUUUAUUUAUUUUUUUAAUUUAAAUGUUUUUAUUUCUCGUGUACAAGGAAAUGGGGUAUUUAUUUUGUUUUGAUGAUCUAAAAAUGACUUCCUUUUCUGACCACUUUUAAAGAAAUUUUUUUUACCUCCUUAAAAGGACACUAUAGUAACCAGUACAACUACAGUUUAUUGCAGUUGUUCCGGUGAGAAUUGGCAAUCCCUUUAGGCUAUUUUUGCAGUAAACAGAGAAAAGGCAGUGUUUACAUCACAGUCUAGGGACUUCUCCAGUGGCCACACUUCAAAUGGCUACUAGAAGUGCUUCCUGGAGACACUGAACCGCUAAUUGGCCAGGGUAGUGUUUGGCUCUGCUCACCGAACCACCUCCCUUGCUUAGAUCUUCAGAAUUGACAAUCUCCUAUUGAUUGGCUGAAAUAAUCACUUCUGAUGAUGUCAGCUGAGGAGACAGAUCAGGGGCAUAGCCAACACCAGCAGACUAGAAUAAAGGUAAAACUUUACUAUAUUUAAAGGUGGGAUAGAUAGUGAUUUUAACACUAUAGGGUCAGGAAUACAUGUUCGUGUUCCUGACCCUGUAGUGUUCCUUUAAGGAAGGAGUCAAUUGUCCAAGUUGUGAACCAAAACAAAAUCUAGAAUUUGAGCUAUAUGUCUGUUCAACCAUAAUUACCUCUUUCCUAUUGGGUCCAACCACACUUGUAUAUAAUUUUGUUGAGGAGGAACUGGGCUUUUCAAAUAUUUAUAUCAAAUAUGAAUGAAAUCUAAAAAAAUAGGAUAGGGGCUUGACCACUAAGUAGAGCAGACGCAUAUUGAUACAGCUCCUGCACUUAUCGCAGUUGAUGCAUCCCAGCGACUGAGGGUCAUUUUUUAAACGAUGAAGACUUUUUGGUGGUCAUGAUGAUACCAUGUUAGCUGACCCUUCGAAUAGAAUUGCUCAGACAUACCUCACAGCCUACAAGCAUGGCUGGCACAGGAGAGGUGGCUUAUCUCUUGUUGCCAUUACAGACUGGGGGUUUCAAAUCCACUUUUUUCAGGUUCUGCAUGACAUUUCAAUUGGGAAUGUCUUCAUACUAUUCGCGCUUAUUGCAACUCAAAUAUUUGUAAGCUGCGAUGUCCCACAAUUACAGCAGUGUCCCAAAUGUACAGGAUUUAUGUUGUUUUGGAAAGUUGCAGAGUGAAAUAAAGUGCUUUCCCAUUUCAGUUUUUACACACUGAAAUUUGCCUGAUUGGUUUGCUGGACUUUUGUUGCCUUUGAGACCGUUUGGGAGCCCAGGAAUGAAAAGUAACCCCAUUUGGAAUAGCAUUUGGGAAAUUAGACAACCAAGGGUAUUUAAAUUGGGGUAUAUCCAGUCUUUUUUAGUGGCCACUUAGUCACAAACCCUAGUCAGGCUUAGUGUUCAUAUUUGUUGUGUUUUUUUUUUUUUAAAUAUACACACAAUCUGCACUUUCACUGAUAUCAUUGUCAUGUUUUACUGCUCUAAAACACUUGUGUGUUCAGUGAUGCCUCACGAGUUCAACAGUACACCUGAUGUACAUGUUUAUUGGAUUCUGGAAAGUUACUGUGUCACAUAUAGAGCUUAGAAAUAAAUUCUCUGGAAUUUCUGCCUUGGUUGUCAGGCAGGUCUUCCCCCAAUAUUAUAUAUACGAUGACACCGCGAUCACUUGACUCAGAUCAGCUUGAUUGGCAGCAGGGGGCUGUGUGUUAUACACACAGCCCCCUGCUGCCAAUCAAGCUGAUCUGAGUCAAGUGAUCGCUGUGUCAUCAUGAUCACAUCACAUGGAUUGGCUGCACCAUGGAGGGAGAGGCCGAUCGUUAGGGUGCACGUUGCGGGAAAGUGGGCAUACUGCAUUUGUUGCUCUGUAAUUCUUUUGGGGAGAGGGAUGGGUGGAUUGUUUUGUUUUUAGUUCCUAUAUUUUAUACAUAUGUGCAAACUCUAACUGCCUUCUAGAACCUGUGAUUAAAGUUCAAUUUACAAAGCAGAAGAUAAAAACUUUCAAAGUAAAUUACAUUUUCAAUAUUGUAAAUAUUGCGGAAUAAGUUUGUAAUUGCCAGUAAUACAAAUUAUGAAUCUGGAAGUAAUCUGUUGGACCACUUAGUAUUUUUGAAUUGACUCGUAGUUCUCAUCGUGGAUAUUUAUUUUCUCUUGCAGUUUUCAUAUAUGGAAUCUGGUUUUAUGAUAAAGAAGAAUGCCAAAGGAUUGCCGAGCUCAUGAAGAAGUAAGUAUCCUAAACCAGGGCUCAACAAAUCCCAGUUGCCAUGGUGACCAGGAAUUUUUCCUGGCGCCUGGGAUUUGUGAGACCGUUCCCUCUGAGGCAGGCAGCUUAGUGUACAGUAGGCAGGCGGCAAUGGAGCGGUGAUCUCCCUGCUCUGCUUCCUCGUGCCGCUUAGUAAUGCCGGGGACAAAGUGACGUCUUAUUCCAAUCCCCGGCAUCACUCAGCGGUGCACACGGGGGAGCAGAGUAGAGAGAUCACAGUUCCCUCGCCGCCUGCCUACAGUACACUCGGCCGCCCACUGGAUCCCAGGAAAAGCUGAUCCAUUCCAGCUGUUCCAAAGGUAGAGAGGCUGGGUGGACUUAGAUUGAAUUAAAACAUUUUAUAAUUUUUAUUUAUUUUUUAUUUUUUAUUAUUAAUAACAUUUUAUAAUUUGUGAGUGUUUAAGUGUCUGUCUUUCUGUCAUGGUGGGUGUGUGUCUAGGUGACCUGACCCCUCCGAUCACAUAGGAAUAACAUUUAUGCACCUUUUUUUCCCACAUCGUGCUGGCCACCCUCUAUGGCUGAGAUCAAGUUUGAUGAUCUCAGCUUUUCCAGUGCUUUGCCAUAGGAAAGUAUUGGGAAGCUAUUGCGCAUGUGCUGCAAAAGGCUGCACUAAUCAGCAUCUCCUCAUAGAGCAGGGCGUGGAGACACUAAAUGUAGGUUUUGCACACUGCCACUUAGGUAUGCUGGGACCGGAGUGACAUCCUAUUGCAGCCCCGGCAUCACUAAGCAGCGUACACGAAGGAGCAGAGUAGGGAGAUCACAGCUCCCUCGCCUGCCUACAGUAUGCAUAGCAGGCCGACUCCACUAUUCCCCAACUGGCUAACCCCCCAUGGAAAGAUGAUCCACUCAAACUCUCCCAAAGGUAGAGAGGCUGGGUGCACUUAAAACAUUCAUUUGUGUGUGUGUCUCUCUCUGGCCCUGCCUCUGUGGCUGAGAUAAUCAAGCUUGAUGAUCUCAGCCAAUCCAGUGCUUUCCCAUAGGAAAGUAUUAGGAAGCUUUUACGCAUGUGCAGCAAAACACUGCCAAUUAGCAUCUCCUCAUAGAGAUGCAUUGAAUCAAUGCAUCUCUAUGGGGAAAGUUCAGUUCCUCCAUGCAGGUAGUGGAGACACUGAAUGUAGGUGCUGCACACUGUGCAGCAUUGAGAUAGGAAGCAGUUUAGUGGCUAUCUGAGAGAAUGUUACUAGAGGUGUUACUAGGCAGCAAUGUAAACACUGCUUUUUCUAAGAAAAGGCAGUAUUUACACUGGAAAGUCUGCAGGGACAGACAAUGGACUCUAGCAUCACUAACAGUAAGCUGAAGUGGUCCUAGUGACUAGUUUCCCUUUAAAACUUAUAUUGUUGUUGGUCUUUGGGGGUCGUGGGGGGAAGCUUAAAAAAACCUUUGUAAGUUUACAAAAAAAAAAAACCUGUCUCCAAGAUUCAAAUAAAAUUUGUCAAGCCCUGUCCUAUGCAUUGCCCUUAGCACAAAGAUGUCUCUUCUGAUUACUUCCACGAUUAUUGUUAGUUACUGAACAAGAAGUGUGCACCUGGAACACAUCAAAUCUUUAAAACCUUCUUAAAAGAGUAAAGGAUAUUGCUGUUUUGAGCAUUUGUGAUAAAGUGUUCUGAACAUGCAGCAUGUGGUGUGUACUGGAAACCUGGUUGUGUGUGUGAGUUUCUGUUUUUGUUUGUUAAUUGUUAAUUAUAGCUGGAAAACAUUUGUAGAGCUGUAGGUCAUUUAAUGUGGCCAUGCCAUCCAUAAAAAUGCUGUUAGGGCGGCAUACAACCCCCAAUGUUUUAACCCUCCCUCUAUUCGGCCUCCCUUCCCAGAGCCAAUGAUGGCAAUUUGAGACGUGAUUGCAGUGACAGUAUGUUACCAAGAUGACUGUUACAAAUCAUUGGCUGAGAAUUGUAACAUUGACCCUCUCUUUUCAUUACAUUGAUAUGUGGCAAUAGAGGGAGAGGGAUCAUUGCUGUAAAAGUGUUAGAAAAUGUAAAAAAAAAAAAAAAACCCUUUCUUUUUAACACUUACAGUGCUGAUCACCGCAAUAACCUUGUGAUCAGUUCGAUUAGGGUGAUUAAUUUAUUUUUAACUUCUUCCCUACUUUCUGAUAAUUGUACUGUACAGUAUAUGUGCUGUACAGUAUUGUAUCAGUGUGGUUAGAGGGCUCUUUGAUCAAUCUGACAUUUAUGGGGGCUUAUAACCCUUUUGUUGUUUGAUCUGCAAUCAGUAAUUUAAUGUGUGGGUUGGGUGUUAGUUAAUCUGUGGGUAUAAGUGGGGAACUGGGGUGUAGCUAGUGUGUAUUAGUCAGAUAGGCGAAUUAAUUAGUUUCUCAUCCUUUGUGACAUAGUUUAAAUGAAUCCCAAACAAAUAUCAUGCUAUUAUAUGACUGAGCAGGCGUACAACAUUUUUUGCAGGCUUUGAUAGUGACACUAUCACAGCCUCUGACAUUGAGCCCCUAUGUGAGUCCCACUACCAUCUAAGGUGCUUAGAACACCCCAAAGUGCCAAAGGAAAACUGGGUAUCCCUAAACUUGACUCCCCUAUAAAAUACCCAUAUUCACAGCUACACCUAUUCAAUAACAGUAUAUGUUUGUGAGCCAAUGAACUAUUUUAGACUCUUUAUGUCAAACAUAUUUGCGGUCACAUACCAGUAGAAAACUUGUGGCACCCUACUUAUGUCACAGAAAUGAAACAAUUUUGGCCUUUAACCCUAGUAGUGGGUAUUGUGAAAAAGCCAAGUAUCUUUGCAAUAUAUAGUGUCAGGACAAGUAGAUUUGGCUAUUGCUUUGUUUCCUUUGUCAAGUAGAUUAAAAAAAAAAAAACAACCCUGCCAUGUUAUACACUUUUGCUGGGAAGAUGUCAUCCGAAAACCCACUACAUUAUAAUAGAAAUUUUAUAUUGACCUUUUGGCAAACAUAUGCCUAUCGCUUUACUAAAUCUAUAUGUAUAGAGCUCUGUAAACUAAAUCUAUAUGUAUAGAGCUCUGUAAACUAAAUCUAUAUGUAUAGAGCUCUGUAAACUAAAUCUAUAUGUAUAGAGCUCUGUAAACUAAAUCUAUAUGUAUAGAGCUCUGUAAACUAAAUCUAUAUGUAUAGAGCUCUGUAAACUAAAUCUAUAUGUAUAGAGCUCUGUAAACUUCCACCCAAACGAUACCUGAGGUGAUGACUUUUUCCCCUCAGUUAUUGCAUUUGUUUGUGACCCAAAUUACGUGCCUGUGGCUAAAUUUCACAGCAAACAUGCAGUUUGUCUUUAUAAAGUAACUUCAAAAAGCUCUUAUCUUGACUGUCCCUGACACGUGUUCAGGGAAAUGUAAUGAUGGGUUAUUAUAACUAUCACUAUAUUCUCAUGUCUGAGAUUGAUAUAUAGAUAUAUAUAUAUAUAUAUAAAAUCAAUUUUAUAUUUCAAAAGAUAAUGUUCACACUUUUAUCAGUGUGCUCUCUUCUCUUGAAUGUGAUCCAGCCCCUUUCUGCAAGUCAUUUGAAGUGAGCGCACAUUGGCUUCCAUGAGUAUUAUACCCAAGAGUUUGCUUACUUAUUUUUUUCAUGCAAAAAAAGCUACAUAAAGGAACAGUCCAAACCCCUAAAGCACUUUAGCUUGCUGAAAUACUUUGUGUGAGGUGUGCUGAUUUCAAUAGAACAUGACACUUUUUUCUGAAUUAACCUGGUUACACCCCCUGGCUUUCAAGCAGAUAACCAAUCCUGUGACUUCUUGAUUUGGUUAGCUAAGUGGAGCUAAACUCAAGGCACUGACAAUUGAGCUGCACUGGGAAGUCUGUGAUUGGACAGCCACAGAAAUUCUGGGCGCUGUGACAAAGGGAGGGCUUCCAAAGGCAACAGACAAGAGGAAUGUUAGCUGUUUUUAAAUAAAAUCACAAGUAAAGUCAUGCCAGUUGGCAUUGGGGUAUAUCUACUAAACAGUGAUUUUAAAAAAAAAAUUAUUUUGUAUUUGGGAAGUGGAGUGUCCAUUUAAGUUCAAAUGAGUUGUUUCAGGCGUUUGCUCAUGGUUUUCAAAUAGUAUUGCGGAGGAGAUCUUGGAAACAUGGACAAUGUAUUUUGGUCUUCCCUUAAUAUCCUGGAUGUACCUUUUUCACAUGGUAAUGGCUAACUAAAUAAUGAUAUAUGAUAAAUAAUUGGUAAAAACAUAUGAAAGGAGAAUAAUACCAUAGAGGAUCAGGAGACCUCAUAAUACAUUAUAAAAACAUGUUUCACAUUAUUUGUUUGGAUUCAUGUUCAUUUAAUCUUUAUGUAGCACUGGGUAAUAAAUAUUCCAAUGUGCGUGACAUUGGUGGUAGAUUGGACCCUUUAUAUCUCAGCACUGCACUGACAAGGAAUGGUGUUAUCCUCCAUGAAGUAUGGUGCUUGAAAACAUGCAUCGCUUUAUGCUAUCUUUUUUAUUAAUUUGUUUUAAUUUUUUAAACAUUCACUGUUAUAAAUUCAGCUGUGCACUAUACAAAGUGAAUUUCACGUUUUAGACAAAAUCAGUGUCUUUGAGAAGUGCAAAAUGGUGGAAAACAAGAAAAAAAGAUCAAGAUGUCAUAUUGCCUCAUUAGAUAUCUAACUGGGUUUGUUGACAGCUCCUCUAAACUGGCUAUCAAGAUUGGAUAGCUUGAAUUUAAUCAUAUACCAUGGUAUCUAUCAGGGUUUUUAUAGCAUGCUAUUUCUCUCUUGAAAAUACCGGUUCUGUGCAGUAUAACGUAAUUUCUCAUGUGCAGGUCCUGACCAAAUGGUGAUUUAUCAUUUUGUUUUGUUUAUUUUUUUUUUGUAGCUGAAAAAUGUUAACUGUUAAACCACAGAUGCAUGUGACUGAUUAUGUCUCCCACCAGCUCUCACGUUUUCAGUGCCCUUUCAUUCAUGAUUAGAUCAGUAUGAUAAUGUCUAGCCACCAUCUCCCCAAGCACACUGCUUGCCACAGGAAAACAACUGCACUCCUCUGCUUGAAUGCUAUAUCCUUGCAUUUCAUUUCUGGCAGUAAAAAAAAUGCAUGUUUUAAUAUUUUGUAGAGGUUUGUACAGGGAGAUUUGAGCCUUUUAUCUAUGCUUGGCAGAGUUUCAAGUUUCCUCUGUAUUUAGUCUUUUUACAUUUAACUGCUUUCUUUUAAGCUGAACAGCGCUACCUGCUGGAUGAACGUUACAAAUGCAUGCGUUCUAGGUGUUUUUGAAGAAAGACUAUACGCAACAUAAACUUUUCAUCUAAUUGAAUUGGUUAUAGUGGCUGGAGUCACCUGCCAUUAUUCCUUCCAUCAAAGACAAUACAAACCACCGAUGUAGUGAAAGAGUGGUAGGAAGACAUAUGCAGGCACUUUAAAAAAGGUGGCUUGCUUCGUUUUUAUUAUUUAGAUGACAUGAUGAUUAGUCAAUCAGGUGCUUACUGGGAGAUAUUUUCAAUGCAAAUGAUACACUAAAUAUGAGUGCAAAUACUUUAGUAAAAAUAGAAAUUAGCAGUUCAUGCAAUUGUUAAUAUAGCAAAAUUCUGCUGAUCUUAUAGAUUGUGACACUAAAAAAAAAAUCUGUAUAUAUGUUUUCUGUGUGUGUGUGUGUGUGUGUGUUGUAUGUAUGUAUAUAUGUAUGUAUGUGUGUGUGUGUGUGUGUGUGUGUGUGUGUGUGUAUAUAUAUAUAUAUAUAUAUAUAUAUAUAUAUAUAUAUAUAUAUAUAUAUGUGUGAUAAAAAAAAAAAAAACCCAAACAGAACAGUUUGGGGCACAAGUUGGAGAAUACCUCCUUUUUUGAGUGUUUAGGCAUACCUUUUGCAUUCUCUAUUGUUUGGAUAAUAUAUUUUUCAUACAUUUUAAAGGAACACUAUAGUGUCCCUCUGCAUCCGUGGCCACCCCAGACAUGUAUAGGGUUAAAUGACCCUUUAAACAAUUACCUGCUUCCAGAGCCAAUGUCCCUCUGCGCUUGGUUGGGCUCCUCCUCUGAUGUCAGCCAAUUGGAGAAUCUAAUGCUCAUGUGUGUCAAGCACCGCGAGCAUUAGGCCUUUCCCCGUAGUGCACAUUGACUCAAUACUUUUCUAUGGGGUUUUUCUACACACUGGAUGUCCUCAUUAGGAUGUCCAGUAUCAUUUCAUGGAGUCAAAUACAGUGAAAUUGCAGGAUGCGCAUCUAGUGGCUGUAUGGUAGACAGUCACUAGAGGCAGUCUAAACACAGCAAUGUACGCAACAGACACAGCAGCCAUUGAGAUGUAGUGCUCUGGAUCCCUAUAGUGUCCCUUUAAUGCUCAAAUUGCAUACUAAAUCAAGGAUACUCUAUUGGAGUGUACUGUCUCGAAAAUAAUUAUACAAACAUAUAAACACAAAUUCGAAUCUGGGUCCAAGUGCUGUGGACUACAUCUACACAGUCGGAAAUUAAUGGGAGAUGUGGACGGCAUCACAAAUGGCAGACAUUAUUUAGGUUUGGUGUAGAACAUUGUGAGUGUUUGUGCAUGUUGUAAUGAUUUAACUUCCUCUUGUUUAGUCUAACCCAGCAAGAGCAGCUGAAAGCACAGCAAGGAGACCCCAGCGGAAUAUCCCCAAUGUCCCUCAACUUAGCAGACACAAAGGAGGUGGACAUCCUGCAAAUGCUAACGAAAGCCAAGGAUGAAUAUACAAAAGUAAGCAGAAAGAACGUUUGUAAUCUAGGAUCCACAAAUCCUUCUGUAUGUCAUUUAUAUAUCAUGAUAUUUUAAAUUGGUUAGCAACCAGACUGCAGAGAACAAAGAGAAUACAGUAUUAUAUAUUCAGAUUUAUUUCCUGUAUUAUAGUGGUGAACCAGUUUUCCUUCAUAAAUAUGUGUAUUGUAUUGAUUAACCCUUGCUCUUAAAUUAAACCCUUUUCAGUGCAAUUAAAAAAACAUUGUAAAAAGUUAAGUUUUGAAAUGGAACACAAAGCAUCUUAACAUUCCAUCUACAGAAACAAAGAGUGGCACGCGAUAUGCAUGAACAGAGUAUUACAGUGUCAACAGAGAUACACACACACAGAGAUACAAGACACGCAAACACAGGAACUGACAGAUAUCUCAAAUAACAGAUAGGUCUUCGAUGUUUUCAACAUUGAUUUGCCUAUCUUGGUACACACAAAGGAAACACGCAAAAAGAGGAAGCUCACUGCACUAUCAUAUGGUGGAGUAAAAGAGACAGCUGUUACUGACAAGCAAAUACAAGAGACACCUGUGAAUAUGCUUUGCACUCUCACCAGUUGUGUGUUUAAGUUUGGUGCUCCCCUAAGCCCAAUAAGUAUGGUAUUUUUUUUACUUUUCAUCUUUUGAAUGAAAUAUCUACUUCUGCAUCUGUUUGAAUGUACACUCCCUAACUGGCACAUAUACUCACAAACUGCCAUUGACUUGUGUACUCACUCCCUCUGGCAUACACAAACUCACUUGCUAUAGAAACACAUAUAGAACACUUAACUAUUAGACAAGAUCCACCAUGUGGCAAAUGAACUGCAUGAGAUGGUAGGAAUUGGUAUACAUGGGGGCUAUCCCGGUGCAUUCAGGGUUGCUUAAACCUGUCCAAACAGCACAUUGAGGUUAACAUGGUACUCACUGAGAAUUCACCUGUUGUGUGCUUGGCACUCUGUAGGAGAUGUUGCUUGGCUAGCGGGUUUAAUCCUUGCUUCUUUCAAGUGUUUUGAGGAAGAGGAAGAAUCAGAAGGUAUUCCAGCAAGGAACCAGAAUGGGCAUAUUAAAAAUGUGGGACCGCAGCUGAAUUUUUUUGAGGAGGAUUUAAAAGUAAAAUAGUGAAACAUUUUGUUACCUGAGAUAAUAUAACCACACGGUAUUAUAAGAUUUGAAACAUCACACAAUGUUUUUUUUGUUUUGUUUUUUAAACACAAUCCUUUUAUGUCAACCAAAAGCCUUGCUCUUCUGAGUUUACUAUGGUUGGUCAACUUACCUUCUGCCUAUGAAGCAUACACGCAGAUGACACCAAUGACACCUGCAGUCCAAUACAAAAUAUAUUCAUACAUACAUACCCACCCAGCUGAAUACUUAAAAAUCUACAGACAAAAGACAAAAUGGCACCUAGGUUAACAUUUUCAAGUAGAAUCAUGCCUUUUAUAUCAUGCCUAAUGCCUUGUACCAUGUAAUUACAGGAAAAGAGAGGAAAAAGAGCGUGUCUUCCACUUAUGGGUAUGCUGACCAAGUGGAGUGAGGUGGUGUAUAUACCCAUAAGAGGGACAUAUGUUCGUUUUCCACCCUUUUUCUGUUAGUGUAUAGUAUACAUACAAGUAGUGAUUCUACUUGACAAUAUUUAUUGUAUGAGCCGUUUUGUCUUCUGUCACUUUUUAUGUCUGUGGAUUUUUGGCUUUAAGUAUUUGGUUUAAUGGAUUGGGAGGACUUCUCUUAGAAACAGACUGUAGGAAAAAGGGUAAAUUACUGUUUUAUCUCCUUUUUUUUUUUCUUUUUUUUUUCCCUAACCUUUUAUUUUUUAAGAGCUAUAUAAUUGUGUUCUUUGGUUUGUUUAUACCCAGCUGAAUGCACUAAUAGGUAGAUGCAAGAGACAAUGAAAAUAGGUGCUGGCUCACAUUUAAAGAGUACACAGACAGUCAGGGCAAAGCACUGGCAGAGAAGUACAAGAAGAACAUGUAGUGAUUUCAGUCUUUUCGCUUAUCAGACACACAGGUCACAUCAGGUUUCAGCUUUACUGCCUCAAAUAAUGUAGUAGUAUAGCUUUUGCCAAAAUAACACAGAUGCUGUAUUUUAAUUUUGUGCUGCAGUAUUGUUUGUAUAUUUCAAAUGAACUUUUGUUUCUCGGCACUCUUCGAUGACCCACCAGUAAUAUCUGAGCACUAGGCCAGAGACAUUCAAAAACUCAGAAGUGUAGACCAAUAGGCAGCCAUGCCAGACAGUCUGGUUUUGAUUUUUAAAGGAAUGCUUUAGGCACUGCAACUUCUACAUCUUGUUGAAUUGGUUAUAGAGUCUGGAGUUCCAUGUCUUUAUCUUUCAAUUCAUCAGUAAACCAUUUUUAAUUUUUUAAUGAUAUACAAGAGUCCUCAGCAGCCCAUCUUCCAUGUCCUGCUUUGGCUAAUUAUGAAGCACUAGUCUGAGCAGCAUUCAUUGCCUUAGCAUACCUUGUCAUACCUCCCAAAGGGGAGGGACAGGGGCUCACAUUCAAUAUUACACUGCUUGAAAAUGCUUUAACACUGAAUGGAGAGACAGUACCCAGGGUACUCCAGGCACUAUAACCAAUUUAAUGAGAUUAGUUAUAUUUCCUACAGUGUCAGCUUUAAGUAUUCCUUAAUGAUAAUCCAUGACUGUAUGCACACAUUGGCCAACACAAAUUCUUUCUUCUUGUCCAUGCUUCUGUUUUUAGUGUAAACCAUCUUCUGAGCCGAAGCUGAUAAGCAGCUCCUCUGCCAUCUACAGCAACCCCAAUCUUAUCAAACCUAUUGCGGUCAAACCUACUGAGACACAGCUACAACCAGCAGGCAUAACUUCAGGCACGGUGAGAAAUGACUUUAUAUGAAUUGGCUUGGACAUUGCUCUGCAGAUGAUGUGGAUGAUGACCUUCAUUCAGUUUAGCCAGCCAUUUGAUUGGUUGAAGAUCAUGAGCAAUGUAUGGGCUGCAGUGCGACAGCUUCUAAAUCAGUAAAUACAUUUUUCCGGGGUGGCAUAUUUGUAAAGCUGGGCAACUACUUCCACCUUGUAUUCACAGAAUUUAAUAAUGUAGAGAUCAAAUGUAGACAUGGAUAUAUUGGCAUUAUCAUUUACAUAGCAGGCAGACUCAUAUUGUCACAGAGGAGUGGGCAGAAUUUCUCGAACUCUUUCUCUCUCCCCCUCUUGCUCUCUCUUUCUAUAUAGUGUAGAUUGGAUUAGCCAUAUUAGUCCAGUAGACAAGAUGUAAAAAUACCAGAGUAUUGCAGUAUGCAAUGGUACCUUUUUUAUUGGACUAACAUAAUAUUUCAAACACAAGCUUUCAAUACUGAUCUAUCUAUAUAUAUAUUAUUAUUUUUUUAUUAUUUUAAAAAAACUGUGCUUGAAACGUAACUUGCAGGAUAGAUAUGUUCUCUCUGUAUUUUACAUAUUAACAUCUGUGUACUUUCUAAUCUACAUAAGGAGAAGGCACAAAUUGAUCUAUUAGUUUACUCCCUCAGCUUAGUGACCUGGAACCUCAGCAUCUAUCUCUCACCACUCUGUUUGGGAAGCCAGACAAAGCCCAAGAAGGAAGAGCACAAAAUAAGGAGCAUUCUACUGUGCGUCACACAGUAGUACGUUCACUGUCCUAUGAGGAGCCCUCUCGUGUAGCUGAGAGAUGUGAGAAUCAGCUAUGCCCUGCAAUCCAAAAACUUAUGGUGAGAGGUCCUGGUCUGCACCCUGUCUCUGAGAUUCCUGAAAACAGACAAUCCCACAAUGGCAACUUCCAACCCGGGGGCAGCAUACUCACUGGUCUUUUCCAACAGGUAGCACCCAAUACCUCUUUCUCUAUUCUGGACCAUGAGAGUGGGGAAAGCAUUUUACAUACGCUUCAUAGUGCACAAUCAACUUUGCCCAAAUCAGACUUGGGGCCUCAUCCUCCUUCACAUUGUUUUAGUGGAGUAAUGCCAUCCCCCUCUGGCAAGGAUACAAUACCUUCAUUGAUCAACUAUUAUGACUGCUCUCUGCAAAGCCAAAGGACUUCAACUUCAGUGCCUCAAUUACCUCUCGCCUCCCAGCAUCCCCCAGCUGGAACCAUCUCGCCUCAAGAACUUCUGAGAAAACUUCAUCUUGUGCGUCAGGAACAGCAGCUACCCUCCAGCUCCAGACCUGCCCUUGCAGCAAAAUUUCCUGUGAUUCCCCAGAGUGGCCCAAAGCCUACCUAUGAUGAUAAAAUACCUGGAACAAUGGCAGCUAAACCAAACACAUUGCUUCAGGUAGUAUAUAUAUAUAUAUAUAUAUAACAGAUUAUUAAAUGUUAAUUUAUCAUUUCUGAUCAAGAGACCCAUCUACAUGUCUCUGUAUCAGUCCAAUGAAUCUUAGGCUAAUGUGGUUUUUUGGUGUUCCAUUAGCAGGUCAUUUCUCCUCAGCGUAUCCCUGCCACGGUCUCACCAGCACUACUAAUGUCUCCUACGGUAUUUUCACAACCAAAUCUUCACAAAGCAACCAAUACCACAAAAGCAACAAUUCCUGUCAAAGAGACGUUGUAUGAAUCAUCCAGACUCCUCCUCCCAUUGUUACUGCCAGAUGCUCCAGCCUGUAGCAGUGGUACUGGAACUCAGAGUACCAUUCUGACUAAGCACCAGCUCCAGGGGACCCUGCUACAUUUAAUCCAGGUGAGAACCUCAGUUCUUCUUAAUACUGUAGCAAAAUAAUUAUAUAUUUAGGAAUAAAAUUUAUAGAAAUUGUUUUCACUUGCUCCCCAACAAUGAAUCUGUUUUCCUAGAAGAGAGAGAAUACAAACUUUGCAACAUACAUAUUUAAAUCCAGUUGCAUCCAAAAUACAAACACACACAUUUUGUGUGAAUUAACAUUUUCUAGACCCCCCCUUUCCGCAAGUGAACACCAAUAUUUUAAAGGCGAAGCACAAUGAUCACUACACCUAAUGGUUGCUUGGAGACUACUGGUGAAGGCCUUCCAGUUUUUCCAAACCAUUAUCAGUUGGUUUCACACACAAAAAACCAAAGUUUCCAGCAUCAUUUGUGCACUCUACUGAAGACUACAUUAUAAGAAGGUUCACACACUGUUCUCAAGUUAUGCAACUAGAAGCUAUGGGAACCUUUAUAUAAGAAUGUGGCCACUCUGUAUCCUUCUCUUUCAGAGGACCAAAUUGAUGGUAAUUUUUGCUGCCGCCAUAUUGGGUUAAUUUUAUAAUGGCCUCUGACAGGAGGGGGUGGGCAUACAGUGACUGGGACCCCAUAACCCUGGGUUUUUGGCAAACCAAGAAAAUAACAUAACUUCAUAACACUAACUUCUGCAGCUUUUUGUUAUGAAGCUGUAGUGUUUGUGGUGCUUGGAAUGCCCAUUCAACUAAAGUAACCGGUCUUCAUAUGGGGAGCUUUGUACAGUUCCAGACUUGUUUACCCACACACCUAUCUGUCAGGGUUCCUUCAAAUUUCCACUCUCCACUACCGAAUAAUUAUUAUGGCGUGAUUUGCAUAGAACUUGAAAUUUUAAACCUUGAGUGUGUGUAUAUGUACAUAUGUGAAUUUGCCAACAGAUUUAUUCUUUUGUGAUUGAGGUAUAUAGUCUUGACAUCUGCAUCCCAAAUGGCUCACUUAAAAGAUUGUGUGAAUUUCAAAAGGAUCAAAGAGCAGUACCUCUGCAUCAAUCUGAUAUUCAGCUUCAACACGUUCUCUUGAGUGGGUAUUUUUAUGGCACGAGCAUGUCAAAGCUUAGCUUAAUCUUUGAUCUUAAUAAAAAAUAAUAAUAUUUAACUGCAAUAUACUCUUUUGCACCAAUAUCAGAAAUAUAUUUUUAUUUUCUUGCAGAAUGAUGAGAGUUUCUUGAAUACAAUCUACGAGACAUACCUUUCUGUUGUUGCAAAGUGUGCUAAUUCUGGCAGAAAGAUAUGAUGUUACAUCUCUUCCUGAGUCAACUACAUUCCUCCACAUUAUUGGAUUUGCAGGUGGCUAAAGUCGGUGUGCUGUGACUGGACUGGUUGCAUUUACUACACUGCAUGAUGGAUUACAUACCUGAUUCAUAAUAAUAUUUCUCUUUUCAAAUUUCUAGUCCUAAAUAACAUCAAAUUAUAAAUUACAUUUAUUAAAAGAAGAAAGUGGAUGAAAUAUUGGUUGGCUUAUAAAAAGGCCACUCCACACUGGAUCCCUUGUUAUAUAUAAAAAAAUAA